AGAGAGGCGCUCGGCCAAAGCCAACGGAACGCGUACCGCAACAUGUCGGAGCCGAAAUACCGACAAUGGAUCCUGGAAACCAUCGACUCCCUGCGCUCGAGAAAAGCCCGACCGGACCUGGAGAGGAUCUGCCGAAUGGUGCGACGGAGACACGGCUCAGACCCGGACCAAACCAGGGCUGAACUAGAAAAACUGAUCGAGGAGCAAACUGUGCUCAAAGUUAGCUACAAAGGCUCCAUUUCUUACCGGAAUGCCGCAAAAGUGCAAAGAAAAUGCCGCAAGAGAAUGGAGCAAACCAGCGGCAGUGGCGAGUCGGUGCGCGAACAAACCAAACACGCCAACGGCGACAGCGCGCACAGUUUCACGGACCACGGAGAAUGCGAAGAUAGGCAUCCGGAGGACAGAGGGGUGAGUGCGUGCCCGGACCACCUGCCCCAAACAUCGCUUUACACUCUUGAAGGGGGAGAAAAGGAUUUACCUAGCGGAAACUGGUUUAGUUGUGGCGCAACGGGCAGCUCUGUCGGGAGCGUCAACGCAAGUGCAUCGAAAGACGACAGAUUAAUCGCUCGGGCGGGAGGAAGCGGCUCCGCGCUCCGCGGCGAUGCUUCAAGUGCGUGCAUACGGCCCGACGGAGAAAACACACUCGGUGUCGGCCACGAGGAGGGCAAUGAAGACCAGGAACAGAAAACUUGCUCGAGCGUCAACAGUCCGCCUCCGAGAAACAAGCUCCCCGCGUCCCCCAAACCCAAGGGGUCUGGGACGCGCUCCUGUGAGACCAGCGCUGAUCUAGGCGACCGGCUGGUUGUUGCGGUCCGAAGUCUGUCCGAGAGGCUCCAACGGGGCCACGAACCACUGGCGCUGAAAGAUAUCCUCGGUCACCUAGGCACGCAGAGCGGGAUGCCCGGGGAAAAGCUGACACGCAAUCGCGUCAAAGUGGUGCUGGAGCGCGAGAUUGAGAUGGGUCGCCUGCGCAGGAGCCGCCUCGGCCACAUCACUCUUCCCGCGAGGGGGAUGGGGGCGGCCAAGCCGUCCGCGCGGCUCCUGAAGAGCGCACUGCAGGACGGACAUCUCGCGAAAAAGGAAGAGGAAGAACGAAUGGAGACAGAGGGUGAGGAGGAGGGAACGAAGGAAAAUUCAGUGAGCACAGCUGAGGAUGUUCCCAAGACCGUUACUGAUGAGGGUCCCACAGGCGUCGAAGCCUGCACGGACCACACCUCAACUGACAUGGAAGUUGAGGCUGAUAAUGGCAACAGUUUACGAAUGACGUCUGAGGGGAAACCCCAGUUAACCCAGCCACUGGAGUCGUCAAACCAAUCCGCCGUACAGCAGGAAGUCGAUGUGGGUGGAAGUGAAGAGAACACAAUGUCUGUAGAGUCUGAGGAUGCUGGUUUUGAGAACAGUGCAGUUACACCUGAUCUGCUACAUCCAAGCACGGAGGAUCAUGUAAUUGUGAUGUCAGAACCUGUAAAGGCUCCACUGUCAAUUCCUUUAAGAAACUGUUCAGGCUGUAAGAUGGAAGUGUCGUCAUGUCUGCUGACUCCCUCUGCCUCUCCAGGAGCAGCCGAGGAACGAGGGAUGAAUGAAGGAAUUGGUGGCUUUGUGAAGUUGGAGUCAAAUGGUUUGAACCCGGCUGACUGGACUGUAGCAGACGUGGCCAGCUAUUUCACUGCUGCUGGAUUCCCGGAGCAGGCCCUCGCCUUCAGGACACAGGAAAUCGACGGGAAGUCCCUCCUCCUAAUGCAGAGGAAUGAUGUGCUAACAGGCCUGUCAAUCAGACUGGGUCCCGCCCUAAAGAUCUAUGAACGUCACGUGAAGGUGUUGCAGAGGACCCACUUCCAAGACGAUGAAUCAUUCUGCUGAUACAGGCACAUGUUUGCUAUUGUAUCUUACAAAUGAACUUCUAUGUACAUAAACCAAACAUUCUGUGCACUUAAAGGCGACAUAUUAUGCCCCUUUUUACCUCAGGUGUCCCCAGAAUGUGUCUGUCAAGUUUCAGCUCAAAACACCUCACAGAUCGUUUAUUCUACCAUCCCUUUACACCCCUGUGUGAACAACGGGCUGUUUUAGUGUCUGUAGCUUUAAAUGCAAAUAGCUGCUGCUCCCCACACCCCUUUCUGGAAGUGGGCUGUGCCUUUCCUGCUGUUGCCAUGGAUACCCCGCCAACAACAAUGCAGGAGAACUUAAAUGGUUAGAAAAUUAUAAAUAACACGGAGAACACACCAAGUCAUUCAUCUUACUGUAUUGUGGCAUAACAAAGGUUGAGUUACGAAAUAUGAAAAACAGCUAUAGUUGUCGAAAAUACCACUGUCAUUUCAUAAUCGUUUUUUAAAUAAUUACCGGUUUUAUUAAGCGGAAAAUCAUCAUUGCAUGACCACUCAAGCGGGACUGUGGAGGACGCCAAUCAGUUUAUAUCGUAACCGAAGCAGAGCUACAGCUUCAUUGUUCUGGAAUAAGGUAGUUAGGGACUUAAAAUGGUAUAAAGUGUGAAACUUGCCACUUUUGGGUCAUGGAGAGUUGGUAUCGAUCCAUCCUUGAUCCUUCGCUUUGAAGCAAAUCCAGCCUUGUGUUGACCAUCACUGAUGAAGCUGUCCGAGUUAGCACAAGCGGCUCUAGCGAGGAGAUAAAUAUGGCGGACUUUGCGCUGCUCACUCAGGUUUAAUGAUGACGGAUCGAAGCUACUCUGGUGGAUCUCUUCACCAGCCAUGGGCGGUACCUUCUCCCCUUUUCACGUCAUUAGGCACUCCUAACCUGAAUGGCUCGUUCAGAGACACCGUUUUCUAUUGAUGGGGAAAGGAAAGAAGUGAGGGGAUGGUAUUUUACCAUAUUUUGUGGUUGUCUACACACACUGGGGACACGUGAUUAUGUUAAAAACAAUCAAAAAGUGUAUUUUGCAUAAUAUGUCCCCUUUAAUGCCUCUCUGACAUGGAUUCUGCUGCUCGAAUUGUGACUUUUGACCCUGAAUAAAUGCCAUCAACUGGAUUGGAUCUGCAUAAUCUCUUAAGGGCACUAGAGGGCAGAACAUUACCUUUUCUUUUGUUUCACCUCAAUGGUUAAAUUGUUUUCUGUGGAAGUAAACGAAUACUUGGAGAUUCUGAUAUUGCACAGAAAUUGUAAAAGAACUGUUUUUUUCUCAAUGUUGAGGGAAGACAUCUUGAGGAAAACCUGAAUAAGCUGCAUCAUUCUGAAAGAGGUACAAAAGAGGUACAGAGUGAACUUUCUGAAUCAGCUAAAGGAAUUUUCUGCAACAAAGUUACCGGGAGUCAGAGAGUCAAGAAAUUGGGCAGUUUAAGCGUCGGACACUGCUGACCAUGUGAUUGACCAUUUGAGUUUCGCAAUGCAGCACCUACCGAUGGGAAUACAGACAGUGAAGCUCACGAAUCCGCCGCUGAUGCAGUUGGAUAUUGCAGUCAAGUCAGAACGGCUGCUUGAAACCAACAGAACUUCAACUUGGCGACCUGCACCAAUUUAUUCGCUGUCAGUCUGAACAGCCUUUAAGGGUCAACAUACUGGUCAACUCUUGUUGCAAGGACGCCGACCCUUGUCUUCCCUCAAAAUGGAUUUUUGGCGCCAAUCUAGUAACACAUUCAAGAAGAAGAAAAAAACAUUCAAAACGUUCUAGGGCGGCUUAGUGGGUAGCACUGCCGCCUCGCAGCAAGAAGGGUUUGAGUCCUGGCUCAAUCGGGCCUUUCUGUGUGGAGUUUGCAUGUGCUCCGGUUUCCCCCACAGUCCAAUAGACAUGCAGGUUAAGUUCAUUGGAGACCCUAAAUUGCUGUAGGUGUGAGUGAGAAUGUGUAUGUUGCCGUGUGAUGGAGUGGCCACCUGUCCCGGGUGUUUCCCUUGCCCUACAUAGGACAAGUGGCUAUAGAAGAUGAAUGGAUGGAUUGCGAAAGUCCCAUCCAGAGUUCUUCUGGCCACGUCAAAUGUGAAGUGACAACCGGAUUUAGCUGAAGUGUGUACGUGGUCAACAUGUAUGCAGAUUUCUUGCACGCAAUCAAGCAGGCUUAUCUCACUGAGGAUGUCCCUUCAAAGCCUGCAACACAACAACUUACUGUUUGACCUCAUUUAACCUCGGAUUCAUAAGCCAUAUUAAUUUGGCACAUGGAAUGUUACCAUUGAUAACUGCAAAGCAUUUGUAAAUAACUAUUGGAGGUGAAGUCCAAGUUGCAAAGCAAUGGACGUAUUCCUCCAACAGCAGUUUUACCAUGUGUCUUGAUUGUCUGCAAAUGCACCGAGAGCACCCAGAAGCCAUUGCUGUUUUUAAAUAUUAACAUUUGUAAAUAACGUCAGCCCGUCUUCCAUUACUGUUGACAGUUCCUGUAAAUGAUAAUAAAGUUUCCAUUUAACACAUAUCAAGAAUUGACUCCAUGAAGAGAAGAGACUUUAUUUAAAGGACAACACAUUUCUAACAAGCUUAUAAGACCAAAACAUGGAUGUCUUAUGACCAUUUAUUCAAGUGUCUUCUACAUUGUCAGUUAUGAAGGAGUCAUCAGACUC